AUGGCCCAAAACAUCUACGACCGCGAGGACUUCUACUCAGCCUACAUCGAACACAUCGAUCGUUCCGACAAAGAAGCCGAUCUCUCCAAGGACCCAGCAUGGACACGCAUCUCCCCAAUGCUGCCUCCCGUCAAGGACAAGCACGUCCUCGACCUCGGCUGCGGAACAGGCUGGUUCGCCCGCUGGGCCAUGAACCAAGGGGCCAAAUCAGUCCUCGCCGUGGACAUUAGCGAAAAGAUGCUCGCCCGCGCCAAGGAACUUACUUCCACCGAGAAGUAUCCCCAAAUCGAGUACCGCCGCGAGGAUCUAGACCAAAUUUCUCUUCCUGAGAGCGAUUCCAACAAAUACGGACUGGUGUUCAGCUCCCUUACACUACACUAUCUAUCCAAUCUCGAUGCCAUCAUGUCCCUGGUCGAGCGUGUCCUUUCCCCCGGCGGAUCAUUCGUAUUCAAUGUCGAACACCCAGUUUACACCGCUCCGUUUAAGCCUGCCGUUGUGACUGAUCCUGCCAACGGGGAGAAAUCAUGGAAUCUGAAUUAUUACUACAAGGAAGGCGAACGUGUAAUUGACUGGUUGGCCAAGGGAGUGAGGAAGCAGCAUCGCACCGUAACGACAUACAUGGCUUCUAUUUUCAAGGUUGGGCUAGAAGUUACGGGGUUUGUGGAGUUCUUGCCGACUGAUGAGGAGUUGGAGAAGGAUAUAGUGGACGAGAUUGAGGGUAUCAGGCCGCUGUUUUUGAUGAUGAGUGUCAGAAAGAGAGUGUGA